AUGGCCUCCUCGUUACGGCCCAAGCACAAACGGGGUGACUCAGCAGGUUACCAACCUGUUUAUCAAGAGGACGACGGUGGCGGAUCCGAGCCUGGUGUUGGUGAUGGUGUUGCUGGUGCUGGUGCUGAGGGUGAUGAAAGCGGGAAUGCGGACCAAGGCCAUGAGAGUCGGGUCGUGGCUCGACAAGAUGAAUUUCUUGCUCGGCCAUCCAGAUCCGAAAACCGCUUCCGGAUGGCUACAUUUGUCCUUGCUUUCCUCUUAGUCCUUCUAGUUGGGGCCAACGCCUUUUUAUUUUUACCCGCGGCGUUCAAAGGAAGCGACGACGCUUGUUCUUGCCGGCCAAAAGACGUCCCUCAAUAUUUCCAAACGUCACCCGAACUCUGGGCAGGGCCGACUCCUACAGGCAAAUCUCCGUUCAUGGGCCAAACGAGAGUUUUUGACCCUACAGCCACAUAUGUGCCUCCAGAACCACUGCAGACGGAUAUGCCUGUAGAAGGGGGCUCAGGAAACGAGAGCAUCUUCAAGAUGAUGGGAUUUUUAUCACCAUAUACGCCCUCUCCUGGAUUUGGAGUAGACGAGUUUCCUCUACCCGCUGGCGCAAACAUUCUUCAAGUCCAGAUGCUCUCACGUCAUGGGUCUCGAUAUCCCACGUCAGGAUCAGAGGUUGCCCGCUUUGGCGAGAAGGUGGCUAAUGUUUCAGCAACAUUCAAGCCGAAGGGCAAGCUAGCCUUUCUCCACGACUGGAAGUACGAGCUUGGAGCCGAAAUUCUCGUGCCAAAGGGUCGCGAGGAACUCUUUGAAUCUGGUGUGUUGCACAAUUACAUGUAUGGAGCGUUGUAUAACCCCAAUAGCAAAAUCAUUGUUCGCACGACUACGCAAGACAGGAUGCUGAAGUCUGCUGAAAAUUGGAUGGCCGGAUUUUUCGGUCUAGAGUGGACCAAUAACGCCACUAUUGAAGUCAUUAUAGAGGAACACGGCUUCAACAACUCCUUGGCCGGAUCAUUGAACUGCCCAAAUGCAUAUACGAAGGGUCCAGGGGACUCAGCUCGACGCACCUGGAUAAAGGAAUAUUUACAAGACGCUCAAAAACGAUUCCAAUCCAUGACUGAAGGGUUUGAAUGGACAAUCGAAGACGUGUAUGCUGCUCAGACCAUGUGUCCAUAUGAGACUGUAGCGUACGGGUUCAGCAGAUUCUGCGAUCUCUUUACCUACAAAGAGUGGCGUUCAUUUGGUUACUCUAUAGAUUUGUACUUUACCUCCAUUAGUGGAUUCCACAGUCCAGCAGGGCGAGCCAUUGGCCUUGGCUACCAGCAGGAAAUCAUGGCGAGGCUGAAGAACCACACUCUUGGUUAUUCGGGCUCACAGAUCAAUGUUACGCUGGACAACAACACCGAAACUUUCCCAUUGAAUCAAAGCCUCUACUUCGACUUCUCCCAUGACACCAACAUAGUGUCAAUUUUGACAGCCUUUGGCCUGAGGCAGUUUGCUGAGGAGCUUCCCGCAGAUAGAUAUCCCGGCGAGCACAACUUUACCAUCUCACACGUGACGCCUUUCGGAGCACGACUCGACAUGGAAAUCAUCCAAACUCCGAAACCCUUGUCGCCGAAUCGAGACGGUUAUCUGCGUGGUGGCCAGACCAAGUAUAUUCACUUUGUUUUGAAUCAGCGUACCUUGCCAUUGGGAAAGAGCUUUCCCGAGUGUGAUGCGUCUAGGAGGGAUGGGUGGUGCGAAUUGGAUACCUUCAUUAAAGUCCAAGAUGGCAUGGCGGCGAAGGCCAACUUUGACCAUGCUUGUUUCGGAGAAUAUCCUGCUGUGAAAUACGGAGAUGUAACAGAUGGUGCGCCUCCAUAA